AUGCGUUUCAUUAGCAAACUAUCUAUCAUCGCUUUGGUCACAACCUCGGCGGGUGUCAGUGAAGCCAAGCCUCUGAUCUGGGUUCGUGAUUAUACAGUUCACCCCAGUCAUGGAAAUGUGACCUCCAUAGGCCUGCGCACUGCAACCGUUCAUCCUAUGCCUGUUUCCUCCAGUUCCGAUACAAACACCAUCCUGACUACAACAACCUUCGGCCCUCCUAUUGUUACACAUUUCUUUUCAGUUGAUUCCAUCUCGAGUAGUACUUCCGAUGAUGAUCCCACUCCAGUGUCAAGUUCCUCACCAAGCACUGGCACCACGUCUCCAAUUCACCGCCCCCCAUUAACCACAGGUUUUUACCCAACCCAUUCUAAGGAGCCGGCAAAUAUAACAGGUGUUAGCAGCAAAGUUAUUACGGUCACUUACACCCUUGGAACUGGAGCUUCGACUUCUGUAGUCACUAGAACCCUUACCCAACCUAUUAGCGCUGUCGCCGCUACACCUGUUUAUCCAAAUGCCACUCCUGCUCCUGCUUCUGACAACCAUCAUGGCGAAUCCGGCAAUGGCAAUGGCAAUUGCAACGGCAGUAACAAUUGCAAUUCCAGUAAUCUCUGCAAUGGCAGUGGCAAUUGCAGUGGCAAUAGCAAUAGCAAUGGACAUGACGGUGACAAUCAACAUAUUUCUGAUCCGACAACUACUUUGCCAACCACUGUCACUCAAACCACUCUCAUAACAGUUAAUUCUCUUUCAGCCACUCCUGCUCCUGCUUCUGACAACCAUCAUGGCGAAUCCGGCAAUGGCAAUGGCAAUUGCAACGGCAGUAACAAUUGCAAUUCCAGUAAUCUCUGCAAUGGCAGUGGCAAUUGCAGUGGCAAUAACAAUAGCAAUGGACAUGACGGUGACAAUCAACGUAUUUCUGAUCCGACAACUACUUUGUCAACCACUGUCACUCAAACCACUCUCAUAACAGUUAAUUCUCUUUCAGCCACUCCUGCUCCUGCUUCUGACAACCAUCAUGGCGAAUCCGGCAAUGGCAAUGGCAAUGGCAAUGGCAAUGGCAAUGGAAAUGGAAAUGGAAAUGGAAAUGGAAAUGGAAAUGGAAAUGGAAAUGGAAAUGGCAGUGGAAAUGGCAGUGGAAAUGGCAAUGGCAAUGGCAAUGGUAGUGGAAAUCGGAAUGGCAAUGGCAAUGGCAGUGGCAGUGGAAAUGGCAGUGGAAAUGGCAGUGGAAAUGGCAGUGGAAAUGGCAGUGGAAAUGGAAAUGGAAAUGGCAAUGGCAAUGGCAAUGGCAAUGGAAAUGGCAAUGGAAAUGGAAAUGGAAAUGGAAGUGGAAAUGGCAGUGGAAAUGGCAAUGGUAGUGGAAAUCGGAAUGGCAAUGGCAAUGGCAAUGGUAGUGGAAAUCGGAAUGGCAAUGGCAAUGGCAUGGAAAUGGCAGUGGAAAUGGCAGUGGAAAUGGCAGUGGAAACGGCAGUGGAAAUGGCAGUGGCCAAUGGCAGUGGAAAUGGAAAUGGAAAUGGAAAUGGUAACUGUGAACACAUUGUAACAGCUACCCAUUUCAGUACUGUCACUGUGACUGCUUCAAUCAUCAGUGUUGAGUCAACCAAUGCUGCUGCUGCCCUAGUCAGCGCUAGUGUUCCCACUGAUCCAGUUCUCAACCCAUCGCAAACCGACCCUACUGUGAACCCGACCACCACUUGCACAACUUCAUCAGCGACUGCUCUCCCGAUCCGAUUCCCUGGUUCAUAUAGAGGAAUUAACGUCACCACAACGAUCGAGCCUCAAUACCCCACUGCAUCUUCCGGAUUCCACACGAGAAAUCACAUCUUUCCAACUGGUGGUUACCGCUUUAAAUAG